AUGAGUCCCCUUGGGAUCCUUCUUCUGAUCCCUGGAAUUCUCUCGGCUAUCCCCAAACAACACCAAGUUCGUGACUCAAAUGGUGUGAUUGUGGAGAAUGAUAACGAUGUUUGUGAUGGAAUGUGUCAUUCAAAUUAUUCGGAUGUUUUGGAAGAAUGUCGGUACGGUUGCCACCACCGUACCGGAAUCCGUCAGCAAGUGAACCCAUUCCAAUCUUGUCUCGGUUCCUGUGAAUCUCGUUUCCGUGCCAAUUUCGACAAAUUCGGAAAUGAGACAGACUUCAUAAAUCGUGCCUGGGAAGCAUGUCUCCAUGCCUGCCGACUCCCAUAUAAAACGAAAAUCCGGUGGAAUGUGUACAUCGAUUUGCGUUCCGGUGAGCCGAUUUGGAAUUUCGAACGGAUUGUCUCGGAUGGUCAUCGGAUUUCUAGUGAGGCGCUGGAGUACCAGGACUUGAUUAGUACCAUAGUCUUGAGGAAGCAUAACUUUUUCAUGGAUCCAAGCAGCAAGUUGAGAUUCCCCAACCUAAAUGUUUACGAUGCUGACAACCGUGCCAUGCAAGCCAUAAUGACAGAAAUGCUCCAGAAGGUUCGUCAAGAGCUCUCCAGUGUCUCUCCUCGCCGUUUUGAUGGAAUCUCCAGUAUCGAUUAUGUGGGUCCACGAGUGGUGGAGAACGGACCGAACGGACCAGUUGUCAAGGAUAUCACAGAACUACAGUACAGUCCGAAAGAGGUUAUCAUUUACAAAGGAGUCGUGUUCAAAAUGGAUGAUCUUCUAGAUCAAGCGGAUUUUCGUGAGCAACACUUCACUCUAAUGGGUUUUAUGAUAAUCAUGAUGGUCAGUGUUCUUGUCUGUGCGUGUGCAAAAUUGCGGAGCCAAUGGGUGGCUUAUAAGGCAACCCGUGUCCGCCGCUAUUCGAAUUGCUCCCGUCAAAGUGACGACUGGACUAAACGAAUCCCAACCACUGGAGACGCCCCACCAUGUUAUUCACCACGUGAAGAUCGCAAUUCAGUCAAACUAAUCGUCCAAAAUACUUCUUCUCGGUAG